UAUAUAGAUAUUACUAUAAACAUUAAUCUAGAAUAUAUGAAUAUGUGUAUAGAAAAUGAAAUGCGGCUAUUGCGGCUGGAUAAUAGUAGGCUUCAAUAUUGAACAGCACAAAUGUUUCGAAAAGUAUAAGGAAGACAUACAUUUGUUACAUANUGAUGAAAAUCAUGUAGCAAGAAUAAUUCCACGAUAUGGUCACAAAAAUUUAGAAAUAAAUACAGCAGAUGUAGUAGUUCCUGUUGAAACAAAAUCAGAUGAUACUGAUGAAACUCUUAUUGAGCUGGUGUUUGAGAGACCUGCUCUUUGGAACCACAAAUUACCAUUACAAGAUCGGACAAAUUUGAAAAAAGAUGCACUUUGGUUGGAGGUGUCAAAUAGGAUGGGAGGAGGUAAUGCUACUGUUAAAUGGGUAAAGAGUCAAUGGAAAGAUCUACAAGAUGCGUACGUAAAAGCAAGGAAAAAAAUAAAAGCAUAUGUUCCAAGUGGAUCCGACACAGCUUCUGCAAAAAAAUUGAGGCAAACUUCUUUUCGCUUUUUUGAACAGAUGCAGUUUUUGGAAAUAACAUUAGCCACAGAAACCACCAUCAACUCUUUAUCAUUUGAACCAGCAUUACUGCCUAGUACGUCAGCAUCAGAUCAUUCUUUAUUUGACAGCAACUGUCCUGAUUCGAUAAUCAAUUUAGACGUGAGUUUACCCGAAACAUCACAACAGUCAACAACGUCAAAACUGACGCACAACGAACCGAUAUCUGCAUCUUAUCUUUUUCCUUCAAAUACGGUUGCAUCAAAUGCCAAUUCAUCAAGUGUAUCAAAGAAUAAACGAAAGCGUUUUAAUAGUACUGAAAACAAAAAGAAGAUACAGGAAAGCUUAUUAGAAGCUUUAUAUCACCCAUUAAAGCAGUCAGAUCCAAUCGACGGAAUAUUGCUUAGAUUAGGUGAAGGUCUUCGUCGUUUACCUUUCCGAAAAAGAACUCAAUUAGAAAUUCUAUGGUUACGCAAACUUAUGGCAGUUGAAGAACGAUGUUCUAAUAACUAA